GUGACUUCAGACCCGGAAGUAGCCGUCACUAAGGAACAUGCACCUUCCUAGCUGUUAAUUAACUCUCCUGACGACGUCGGCUCUCCGAACAGGAGCAGUGGGAGCUGAAAGGCGAACGAAAGUAGGAAACCAUCUCACACGGCUGUGUUAAUCCUGGGUCUGCUGUCCAAAUGUUGUCUGAAGGAGGUUCUUUCAUGAAGGGGAUGGCCAUGGGAGGCAUCUUCUGCUUGGCGCUCUCGCUUUUUGGUAGUUUCAGCCCCGCCACGGAACACGGGCCGGACGAACAUCAUCAUCAUCAUCACGUUAAGGCCCCGAGUAAAGAUGAGCUGACUCGCCUCUCGGACAGUCACGUGCAGGCGUUGGUCAAUCAAGUCCGGGUCUCUUGCAUCAUCAUGGUCCAGCCAAAGAUCCUGGUUUACUGGGCGACUGCGCUGGAAACCUGGAGUAAACACUGUGACAAGGCUGUGUUCUACACCUCUGAGUCCUCGAAGGCUUUGGAGGCGGUAGACUUAAAUGAAAAAGAUGACUGGGCGAGGCUACGUAAAGCCUUGAAGCAUGCCUAUGAAAACGCUGGCGAUCUGCGCUGGUUCUUUUUGGCACAAGCAACCACAUUUGCCAUCAUCGAGAACCUCAAACACCUGGUGCUGACAAAAGAUCCAGAGGAGCCCUUCUACCUGGGCAAUGCUAUGAAGUCAGGGGAGCUGGAGUAUGUGGCGUAUGAAAGUGGCAUCGUUCUGAGUUAUCAAGCACUGAAAAGGCUAGUGAAUGUGUUCGAGGAUGAAGAAAAAUGUCCAGAAAGAGGACAUACCCUGUGGAAGAUGAGUGAGGACAAGCAGUUGGCAGUGUGUCUCAAAUAUACCGGUGUGUUCGCAGAGAACGGAGAAGACUCGCACGGAAAGGGCCUCUUUAACAGCAAGAGCGUAGACAGCUUAAUAACAGACAGCAUGAAGGACAACCCCACGAAUGUGGUGGAGGGCUGCUGCUCCGACCUGGCAGUCACAUUCAACGGGAUGUCGCCCAAUCAAAUGCAGGUUAUGAUGUUUGGAGUUUACAGACUUCGUCCUUACGGUCACGACUUCCAUGACUUGUUAGUAUUCCAACCUCCUGAAGGGUCAGACAACGAUUAGAGACUGUUUCAUAUGUACGUGGCAUUUGAAAUGUUUUUUUGCUUCUAUGAUGGCAAACUAAAUGUUGAAAUGUUUUUCUAAUUCUGUUUGUAAAAUGGAUCCUGGGUGAGAAUAAAUCUUUUAUGUAUAUUUGUACCUUUUUGCAGUUGGCACAAUCAGCACCUGAAAUGUGUUUGUGGUGUUAUUGAACUGAGAAAUGAGUCAAUGAGUGUGCAGUUCUUUCAAAUGAUUUUAGAGAUAUGUAUCACACUUCAAUAAUAUACCUCAGUGUUGAAUUCUGGGGAAAGCAUAUUCAGUAGGGCUGCACGAUGAUUUAAUUAUGUAGCCGAAAGAUUAAGAGUUUUGCAACCACAUCUUCCAAUUUUCAGGGGUUGUUUUUGAUUGAAAAGAAUUCGAAAGUUGGACUAAUUUAUGUUUUAUUAGACAGUGCUUCCUUGUAACUUAGUCAUGUUGAAUUAAAAAUGUGAGUUUUCCUUCGGUUUUUAGCAGCAAACAAGUUUUAGAAUGACUUAUUUGAGUUAACUUGUCGUACAUGGUCACGUUCAGUGUUACAAUUGCUGAAUCAAUAUGUCGUGCAGCCCUAAUGUUCAGUAUAUUUCUAUUGUCAUGUGUUAAAAACAUUCAUUUUCAGUGGAGCUUUCAUCGUUUCACUUUCAUUUUAAGAAACAUCUGAUUAUCAGACAAAGUACUCUUAAUAAAUGUGACUUUUGGAUGAUGAGAAUAAAUAAAAGGAUUAAAUGUUG